UUUUUAAACUGUAAUUGUUAUAUAGUCGCAGGUUGCUUGUUUUUCAGGCACUGCACUUAAUUCCCUUGAGUAACCUUUUUGCAGGGCACAAUAGUUUUAUAACGAGGGCAUUGUCCCCUGACAGAUAACAUUUACAGUUGUAGUCGUAUCCCUCUAGAUCAAUACUACUUCCCUAAGUGCAUAGUGCACAGAUGUUCACUCUGCUCAUAAAUUAAUGCAUUUGAGUGUUGUUACCUUGAGCACAAAUACGACUCUACAAAAAGUCAUCUGGAACAGCGUUUCUAUUGACACUGCACAGGUGUAUUUGGUUGUAACUGCUUCAUUGACUGACCAAAGGAUGAACACCUCUCUCUCCGAUAUGUGUUGCGCCUUUGACGCCUCCAUUCUGGAUCAGGUUUUACCUCCAAUACUGAUACUGGAGUUUAUGUUUGGUCUGAUGGGGAACUUUGUUGCCUUGUGGAUGUUCAUCUUCCACAUGGACACAUGGAAGCCCAAUUCUGUGUACCUGACUCACCUGGCUGUUGCAGACUCCAUUGUUCUUUUCUGCCUACCUUUCAGGGCAGACUACUACAGGCGUGGUAAAAACUGGCUCUACGGUGAUGUCCUGUGUCGUGUUCUACUGUUUCUUUUGGCGGCCAACCGUGCAGCAGGGAUCUUCUUCCUCACUGCUGUGGCUGUUGACCGAUACUUCAAGAUUGUCCACCCAAUGCACCGGAUCAGCCACAUGGGCUUGGGCUGCGCUCUUUGGGUCACCCUCUGCCUCUGGUUCUUGAUCUUUCUUGCUACUGGGUAUUUACUUUCUGAUGAACACUUCUACUACAAUAACAACCAUACACAGUGUGAGAGUUUCAACAUCUGUAUGGGAUUCGGUCCUCUGUCUACCUGGCACAAUACCUUCUAUGUCAUUCAGUUUUUUCUGCCCACUUCAAUCGUUGCCUUCUGCACAAUUAGAAUUACCUGGCAACUGAAAAACAGGACUGUGGACAAAAGGGGGAAACUCAAACGGGCUGUCAAGUUUGUUUUGGCCGUGGCUUUGAUCUUUAUUACCUGUUUCUUCCCCAGUACCAUAUCGCGCAUUGCUGUGUGGAUCCUAAAGUUGUGGUAUGACGAAUGCGAGUACUUCAAGGAGGCUAACCUGGCUUUCUACACAUCAGUGUGUUACUUUAACAGUGUCCUCAACCCAGUUGUCUAUUACUUCUCAAGCCCUGCCUUCAGUGGUAAGUUCAGGAAGGUCCUGAAUAAACUGCGUAAAAAGAAAGAUGACAAUCAGCUGGAAUCUAUAGAUAAGGACAUAACCACCAUUGAUGGCAGAAGGAUAUGAAGCAGGUACUGUCAUAUUGUCUGAAGUUACCCAUUAAGUGAGUGCACAGUGAAUGUUAAGACCUACUUGGUGGUAUAGUUUCAAUAAAGCUAGUUUAUUUUGAAUAAAUUUGUAGGAAUGGAGAUCUGCUGCUAUGUAAAGCAUAUAAAGUAGUGAUUUUGUAGCCUUAUUUCUGUUUAUCCUGUGGUCACUGUACCUUAAACAUUUGUAAUCACUCUGCUCCAGUUAGGCUGACAAUUUAAGACUAGAUAUGCAUAUGGGAGGAUUUUCAAUACAUUAAUUGUAUUAAUCUUGUCAUUCUACAAAAAUCUGAAUGCAUAUUUUAUUUUUCUACAUUUGGACUCCGUUUUCUUCCCAUUGAAUCACUUCUCCUGUGCACAUACGUCUGUUAUUAACAACCUGAGAAACUCUGCAGGAUGUUUUAGUUACUGUAAGUAUGUUUGACGCAAUUGAGGGAUGUUUUAACUCAGUCAACAAAAAAUG